AUGUUGGAGGCAAAGUCAUCCACCUGGUGGAACGCGCACCUCCCCAGACCCAGUCGCCCUCAGGAGGGCCUUCAGGAGCAGGCUUGUCCUCCGCCCCUCACAACAACACGGGACCCCGGGGGUCAGGUUCCACUGUCCAUGACCGCAACGCCAACAGUUACGUUAUGGUGGGAACCUUCAACUUACCAGUAAGCAUUAUGGACCCACAGCCACCCACACAAAACGAUGGAUCGUCUGUGGACGUUCAUAUAAAUAUGGACCAGGCUCCUAUUCAGAGUGAACCUCGUGUCCGUCUUGUUAUGGCCCAGCAUAUGUUACGGGACAUUCAAGGUAUCCUGAACCGACUAGAGGGUAACACCAGUGACCAUAGUGCUGUGGGAUCCGAGGAUACGCCAUCUGGCAGCCCGACUGAAAGGGAGCCAAUGACGGGCACCGAAUCAGAGCCUCCCCAGGAGCCCACGCCAGCAGAGGAAACGCCGCCCUCUGGGAGUGAGCCUCCCCCGGGGACUGAAGCAGCUGCCCCCAACCACCCGUCACCUGGAGAGUAUGUGGAGGUUCUGGGCGAGCUUCGUGGGUUGGAGAGCAGACUCCAGCCUUUCCUGCAGAGAUACGAGGAGGUCCUGGGAACUGCUGGCACUGCCGACUACAACAACAAUACGGAAGGGCGCGAAGAGGACCAACGUAUUAUCAACCUGGUGGGAGAGUCGCUGCGCCUGCUGGGUAACACCUUCGUCGCCCUCUCGGACUUGCGCUGCAAUCUCUCCUGCAGCGCCCCCCGCCACCUCCACGUGGUGCGGCCGAUGUCCCAUUACACAGCUCCCAUGGUCCUGCAGCAAGCCGCCAUCCCUAUCCAGAUUAACGUUGGAACCACCGUCACCAUGACGGGAAACGGUGGCCGUACCGUCCAGACCAACCUAGAAGGCUCGGCUGCUGCUGCUGCUGCCGCUGCUGCUGCCCAAGCCGCUCCCACAGCUCAGCCUCGCACUUCCAGUCCCGUGGAGUCGACUCAGCCCUCCGAAGGCUCACCUCCUUCCCACUCCCCGGGGGUCACCCCUGUCCCGCCGCAGGCCUCUCAACCCGGGCACCCCCGUGUCAUCCGCAUUUCACACCAGACAGUCGAGCCUAUGGUUAUGAUGCACAUGAACAUACAGGACUCCAGCUCCCAGUUGGGCAGUGGCAGUGCCGGUGGAGUGCCAUCAAUGGGACCCGCUGGUUCAACCGGACACUCCCAAGGGAUGGGUAGCGGUGCCCACAUGCCUCUACCCAGCCUCCCACCGGAGUUCAUGCAGGCGGUUGCCCACCAGAUAACACAACAAGCCAUGGCAGCAGCAGCCUCAGCAGCUACAG